CAGAGUUGAACAUAACAAGAAACUAAAAUGCCUGUGGACUGGUUUGGUUAUGUAUACGCUGCAACAGUUGCCGCUGGUGGAAUCAUGGGCUACGCAAAGGCUGCUUCCAUUCCCUCGCUGGGAGCAGGCGUUGCAUUUGGAGCGCUGCUUGGCUAUGGCGCUCACCUAAACUCUCAAGAUCCACCACGGCCGCUUCUCCAGCUGGGAACAUCGCUCUUUUUGGCUGGAUUGAUGGGUGCUCGCUGGAAUAGGUCUGGAAAGCUGAUGCCAGCUGGAAUGGUUUGCUUGCUUUCCAUGGCAGCGUUGGUCAAAAACUUGGUCACAUAUAAUCGUUACUUGCCAUUGCCCACAAAGGGCGCCUAAACAAGAACAACAACAAAAGCAAAAAAAACAAAAAGUCUGGAUUGCUGUUAAACUUGCCGAAAGUUUUUCUAAAAGAAUUAUAUUUUCCUGGGAGUGGAACUCAAAGUUAAAAUGGUUUAUGGACUUA